AUGUCAUCUAUUGUUUACGUUCCAUAUGGUGUUUAUAUUGUUACUAAUACCGUCAAAAUCCCUGUUGGGUCUCGAAUCAUCGGACAGGCUUGGCCACAGAUUAUGGGGAAGGGCAAGAAUUUCCAAGAUCAGUUACAUGCCCGACCGGUCGUUCAGGUCGGUGAGGUAGAUGAGUCGGGAGUAGUUGAGAUUCAGGACAUGAUGUUUACUGUGUCUGGAGCUACCGCAGGUGCCAUCUUGGUUCAAUGGAACGUUCAUGAGAUUACACGCGGCUCAGCUGGUCUUUGGGAUUCCCAUUUCAGGGUUGGUGGAGCUGUAGGUUCAGAGCUACAGGGUGACAAAUGUCCGAAGGGCGGCGGUAUCAACACCGACUGUAUUGGUGCAUCUGCCCUCCUUCAUGUCACUUCUAAAGCCUCCGCUUAUAUCGAGAAUUCCUGGGCUUGGGUUGCCGAUCACGACUUGGAUGCUGCGGAUGAGGCUCAGAUUGACAUCUUCUCUGGUCGCGGCAUUCUUAUUGAAAGUCAAGGUCCCACCUGGCUUUAUGGGACUGCUUCUGAACACAACGUUCUAUACCAAUACCAGUUUUCUAAUUCCAAAAAUGUGAUUGCUGGUAUGAUUCAAACCGAGUCACCAUAUUUCCAGUCCCAUCCUGGAGCGCCAUUGCCCAUUGUGACUGGUGGAUUUCCAAAUGAUCCUCACUUUGACAACUGCACAAUCUCUUCACCAGCUACGUGUGCGGUCUCGUGGGCCGUCCGGAUCGUGGACUCCUCCAGUGUCUAUAUACUUGGCGCAGGCUUGUAUAGCUGGUUCUCUAAAUACUCACAGGACUGUCUUGCUACUGAGAACUGUCAAGAUCGAGCCUUUGAGAUCGAAGAGGGCCAAGAUCUCUGGAUCUAUAACUUGGUUACCAAGGCUAUUGUCGAAAUGAUUAGUCCUGUAAACGAGAAACCCACUCUUGCCAAUGAUAACAAAAAUGGGUUUAUGUCGUCGAUUCUUGCAUGGCUGAAAGGAUCGACUGACAGAACUGGGCAGCGGGUUUUCGAAGGUUUCACUAUCUAUGACAGUAACAUGCUGCCUUCAACCUUUUCAGAUGCCUGUAUCACUGCUCUCACCGCUACUAUCAAGUGUGAUCUCCAGGUAUUCCAGUUUGGAGAGCCUCAAUACCAUGGCACAUUGGGUAACGAUACUUUGACCGACUUGGUUUGUGAUCAAAGUUGCGGCGAUUCACUAGCGAGAUGGUUUACCAACGCGGAGGCAAAUUGUAAUGGAGCCGUGCUUCUUGAUCACCCAGCCACAAUUCUGGGUGGAAACAUGUGGGAAGAAUAG